AGAGGAGGGGUGUAAAUUGUGUACCGAUGUGAACUUGCCCCUCUCGUGGGCCGAAAGAAGCGAUCUCGGUGGUGGCAGCGGACUUGGCGUGGUGGUGAUAUUCUCACGGUGGCGAGAACGACACCGUAUAGGACGAACUCAUCGCUAUCGCCGCCGCUGCCGCCGUCGCCGCCGCCGUUGUCAUCGUCAUCAUCAUCAUCAUCAUCAUCAUCGACGGGGACAGGUGCGGAGGCGGUUUCAUGGCGCGAGGCGAGGCGACAGGUACCGCGCGCGUCCCAGCGGAAUACGAGACGAUCGCGCGAGCGACGUGAGGGAAUCGUGUGAGGGAAUAGGGAGCACGGCGAUCGAGAUCGGUCGUGGGGAAAAACACGGCGGCGGCAGCGGCGCGUGCACGCGCACGCACCCGAGAGUGCGUUACCGCCCAUAUGUGAUGUGUCCCGUGCGUGCGAGCGUAUGAGUAAUCAUGUAUUGUCAGGACAAGAGUUCGACCGCCUCCAAGAGCAAAGAGGGGCCUGUGACAAUGCGAGAGAAGAAAGGCGGUGCUCUCAGCAGAGUACAAAAAUUAAAAAAACGCCUUAGUCACAGUUUUGGACGACUUUCUAUAUCAAAAGAAGAGGCUGAUGAUGCAGCGACCAGAGGUCAAUUGCCAUACAAUGGCUAUUCUGAGGAGUUCCUAGACCGUUUGGAGCCAAAUGGCAAUAUACCUGCGGACAAAGAUCGUCGAUACGAAUGGACAGGUGUGGGCGAUCACGAGAGAGUGCACCGGCAGCUUUCGGUUUCAAGCGAUUCCAAACUUCUCGAUGAAGACAUACGAGAAGAAGCUAGGGUAAUCCUGCGACCCCGACGUCCACCGCGGCCCAAAUCUGAGGUUUUCCUUGGUCCAGAUCCACCUAGAAGAACCAAAAGAUUUUCCGCUUUUGGGGGAGAUUCGCCGUUCGGAAAAUCCGAAGCUUAUAUAAAAUUGGAGCAGUUAGGAGAGGGAUCAUAUGCCACAGUGUUCAAAGGAUACAGCCAUCUCACUAAUCAAGUGGUGGCUCUUAAAGAAAUUAGACUGCAAGAGGAGGAAGGAGCUCCGUUUACUGCCAUUCGUGAGGCAAGUCUCCUCAAAGAAUUAAAACAUAGCAAUAUCGUGACCUUACACGAUAUCAUUCAUACUCGCGAAACGCUCACGUUCGUAUUUGAAUACGUUCACACCGAUCUAUCGCAAUAUAUGGAGAGGUAUGGAAGCGGAAAUGGAGGACUGGAUCCGCGUAAUGUUAAAUUAUUUCUUUUUCAAUUAUUAAGAGGACUGGCAUACUGUCAUCGCAGGAGGGUUCUACACAGGGACGUAAAGCCACAGAAUUUAUUAAUCAGCGAGAUAGGAGAACUUAAAUUGGCAGACUUUGGACUAGCAAGGGCCAAAUCCGUGCCAUCGCAUACAUACUCGCACGAAGUUGUGACCUUAUGGUAUAGACCACCCGACGUUCUUUUAGGUUCCACAGAAUAUUCCACCUCGCUUGACAUGUGGGGAGUAGGUUGCAUAUUUGUGGAAAUGUUGACUGGCGAACCGACAUUCCCAGGUGUACGCUGCACGUACGACCAACUCGAUAAGAUAUUUAAGGUGCUAGGCACACCCACCGAGGAGACUUGGCCAGGGGUCACGCAUCUGCCCGGGUAUAAAGCACACAGACUGAUAUUUUAUCCGCCGCGAAAACUGGGACUCUCGUUUCCUCGGCUUUAUGACAUUGCCGAGGGCGAUAGUAUGGCGUCAUUGCUAUUACAAUUGAAUCCUGAUCAACGGAUAGGAGCGGAGGAAGCAUUAAGACAUCCCUAUUUCGCCUCUCUUCCUAGGAAAUUAUAUGAAUUACCUGAUGAAGUGUCGAUAUUCAGUGUAGAAGGUUGUCACUUGUAUACAAACUCGAGGCAUGGGUGCACGGAUUCGCGUCACACGACUCUUAAGACUUGAGGUUAAAUAAACAUUAAAGAAGUAAAUUAUAAGUAAAUUCGCAAUUUACACGUUAAGUGAAACAUUCAUUUUCAUGAAAUUCAUAUGUCUCACACACACACACACACACACACACCACACACACCCAAUUAACACACAUACGCACGCACGUACAUGCACUACUCCCAGGCGCGUUGUUCGCUCUCUCUCAGGGCUGUUCCAUGAUUUUCGCCACUGUUUUUUAAUCAUAUGCAAUAACAAUGUUCUUUUCUUCUUCUUUCCGAGAAUAUACGUAUCGAGUAAAUUAAUUAUUAACGAAAAUAAAUCAUAAGAUAACUCUGGUCAAGGAAACAAGAAAGUAAAGCUUACGGCUACAAGUAAAAAAAAAAAAGAUUAUAAGGAUUUGCGCACGCUCGAUUUAGAAAGCAAACGCACGCACGACCCAUCCUCGCACUUCGUCCAAAUACUAUAUUUAGAUCGAUACCAAUCAAAAAAAAUAGGUACCAUACCGCCGCCCUACGUCUCCCCGAUCCCAACCCAAGCCAAGUAGGGCGGAUGGUCGCUGGUUAGCAAAACUAUUACGAACUAAUUAUUACUUAUCUUAGAAAAAUUGUGGAAGACCUGUAGCACUCUAUAUAAACAAAUUUUAUUGCUGUUUCAAAUACGAUUUUGGUGACUAGGACAAUUGAGAAUAUUGAUAGAUAAAAUAGGGAAAACCGUUAUUUGAAUUAAAUUUAUCGUUAGAUGUGAUGAUAGCGUUUAAGGUAGGAGUUUAGGGGAGGGGGGGGAAGAACAGUGCGUCAGUAUUAGUCAAGUGCCGUAGUCGCCAACAUCGCACGAUGCAGUGAGAGAAAUUAAGUGAACGCUCAUCGUUGAUAAUACCCGAUGGUAGUGAUUUAGAUGUAAGUGAUUAGCAUUAGAUCAUAUUCAAUAUCAAUUGAAGUUUAUCGACAAUGUCGCGACGUAGGGUAAAUGAUAGCAAAUUGAGAUACAAAGAGAGAAGUGAGACGUAGCGAUUUUAGACUUGUCGAAAUUUCAUUUGUUCAAUUUGCUAAUUAUUAUUGACAUUAGCCAAAUGGUGCUCGAGCUAUAAACUGUGACGUGUUUAAUCGAUCUCGUACUCGUGAUAUACUUAUUUAACGAGUAUCCGUUCGAUUUUCUAAAAACUACCAGAUAAAAUAGCGUUGGUAAUAGUAGAAGUAGAGAAACGUAAAGAAAAAGAAAAAAAAGUAAUGGCGUUACAGUUCUUCCAAAUUUUGUCUAAGCUACAAUUGACUAUUAACGCGGUAAUAUUACUCCUUUUCGUAGGUUACAUUUAUACCGAUUUUUCAGCACACUUAUUAAAAAAAAAAAAAAUAUAUCAACGAGGUGAAAGUAAAAAAAGGAGAGGGAGUUUUGAAAAGAUUUGAGAGACGCUAUUGCUAUUACUACCGAUUAUUGCGUUUAUUUCGGUAGAUUGUAUAUAGAAUUACCAGAUUCGUAUUAUCGAUGAUGCUGAGAUAGCUGAAUCGAGAUAAUAAAUGUGACUUUGUAAUAAA